CUGAACUGCGUCGAAGAGGAUUUCUCUUCGUUCUCGAACUGGGAACAAACGACAAUUGGAAAAAUGCAGAGCUUGAAAGGGCUAUUACUCAAGCGUUCUCUUGGAAUUCCUAGAUUUCUCCCUUAUCACAGAAACCUCUGCUCCCAUACCAUCAACCCAGAUGAUAGCGAUGAACUUAACAAUCAAGUGCUAGUAGAAGGUAAAGAUCAUUCUCGAACAGCUAUUCUCUACAGGCCCUUUGCCCUCAAUGCUCUUACUACUAUAAUGGCAGCGCGUUUGAAAAAACUGUAUGAGUCCUGGGAAGAAAAUCCUGAUAUUGGUUUUGUCGUGAUGAAGAACCUCAAGGGCAGUGGCAGGGCUUUUUGUGCGGGUGGAGACAUCGUUACCCUCUUUCGAUUACUUAAUGAAGGGAAGAUGGAAGAUUGUAAGGAAUUCUUCAGGACAUUGUACAGUUUUAUAUACAUUCUUGGCACAUAUAUGAAGCCACAUGUGGCUAUUUUGAAUGGUGUUACCAUGGGGGGUGGGGCAGGAGUUUCAAUCCCAGGGACAUUCCGUGUUGCAACCGAGAAGACUGUUUUUGCCACACCAGAAACUUUAAUUGGUUUCCAUCCUGAUGCUGGGGCUUCCUUUCACCUUUCACAUUUACCUGGCUACAUAGGGGAAUACUUGGCUCUAACAGGAGAGAAGCUGAAUGGAGCAGAAAUGCUGGCUUGUGGGCUUGCCACACACUAUGCACUCAGUGCAAGGCUUCCUUUGAUUGAAGAACGACUGGGUACGUUAGUUACAGAUGAUCCUUCUGUCAUAGAAUCUUCUCUUGAGAAAUAUUGUGACCUUGUCUAUCCGGAAAAGGAGAGUGCUCUUCACAGGAUUGAAAGAAUCGAUAAAUGUUUUGGCCAUGAUACAGUUGAAGAAAUUAUUGAUGCUCUGGAAACCGAGGGAACUGGAUCAAAUGAUGAGUGGUGUACUUCAGCACUCAAAAAACUAAAGGAGGCCUCACCUUUGAGCUUGAAAGUUUCUUUAAGAUCUAUACGAGAAGGUAGAUUCCAGACUCUUGAUCAAUGCCUGAUCCGUGAGUAUCGAAUGUCCCUCCAAGGAAUAUCCAGACAGCCGAAUGACUUCUGUGAGGGAGUCCGGGCACGAUUGGUGGACAAGGACCUUACACCACAGUGGGAACCUCCAAGUUUGGAUCAAGUGUCUGAAGGCAUGGUGGACAGCUACUUUUCACCACUUAACAAGUUAGAGCCUGACCUAGAAUUACCCACAAAACUCCGAGAAGCAUUUACCUGAUUGGAGAUCCACCCUACAGUUUCCAUUUUUCAGAAUUGACAUUUGGCAUAAUCAAAGAAACCAUUCACCUUUGGAAUACCUGCCAUAUGGAACUGGUAAAAAAGAAUAAGAAAGAAUACCUGACAUAUAGUGAUUUUACCCAAUUACCCAUUGCUUGGUGUCUCCUCUGCAAUUCCACCUGCAGAUUAUUUGUCCCAGAAGACUGAUGGAUAAUUCAUUGAUAGACACUUAAAGUGAUAUUUACAAUCUCUGCCCAAUUGCUAAGAUACCUGAGACCCACCUAACUGUCUUAGGUCAUCCACCUUAAUGUCCUCAUAUACUGCAUGAUUUGGGUUGAUGCUUCCGCUGCAUGUUUAGUUGGAGAAACAUUCACUAUUUGUUAAUAGAUUGUCAUUUUUGGA